AAUCGGACAAAUUUUCAUAGCGUUAAACUUCUUUCGGGUUUGUUUUGUGACAAAAGCAUAAUAACAAAUUUGAAAAUAUAUAAUUUCUGUUUCAAAUUGUAAUCUUGUUUAAUUGGAGUGUGAUUAUGAGUGAAACACCUCCGCAUUCGAAUGUCGGAGAAAUGCAUCCGCCUCAGACCGAUAAUGGCUAUGGCGAACGUGAUUACCGUGCAAAGCAUGACAAUUCAGAGCGUUCCCGUUCCAGUUCAAAAGACCAUUAUAGCCGCGAUGUUAGAGAUAAGGAUAAAGGACGAGAACGAGAUAAAAAGAAAAGGGAUAGAUCUCGGGAUCGUUAUCGCGAACGGGAAAGUAAAGAUCGCGAUCGGGAUCGCCACUAUGAAAGGGAAAGUAAAGACCGUGAUUGGGAUCGCCACCAUGAAAAUCGUGAAAAAGAUCGCCAUAAGAGAGAGAGGGAUCGAGAUCGCAAUAGGGACCGGGAUCAUGAACGUGAUAGAGAAAGAGAUCGUGAUCGUAAAAGGGAACACUAUGAACAUGACAGGGAUCGAAACUCUCGUUCUCGUCGAAGUAAUUCUAGAAGCCACUCGCGUCGUAGUCGAUCACGAAGUAACGAUUAUGAUAGUCGAAGGAAACGCCGUUCACAUAGUCGUUCUGAUAGACGUGAUCGGCUUCAGGAUAGUAAUCGAAGAGGGAGGUCGAGAAGCCAUAGUUAUGAAAGUCGUAGGCAUGAUCGUAGCAGCAGGGAACGUGAACAUAGUCAAGGAAAUGCUGUGGAUUCGGACUUUCGUAGCGGGCGAGACCAUCGCAUGGACACAAUAAAAGAGGAGUCCCGUGAAAAGGGAUUUGAUUUAACCCAGACUAUUCAAGAAUUGAUGAAUAGUACAACUUCAACCAAAAAUUUUGCUGCUCUAUUUCAAUGUUCCAAUAGUAAUGAUUCCUGCAGCAAUGGACCUUCUGAAAAUUCACAAGACGGGAGUGAUCGCAAACGACGUAAAAGAUCAAGGUGGGGAGGUACUGAAAAUGACAAGACAUUUAUACCUGGUAUGCCAACAAUCUUGCCCCCAACUCUGGACUCUGCACAACAAGAGGCAUAUUUAGUUCAACUAGAAAUCGAAGAAAUCAGCCGCAAAUUGCGCACCGGAGACCUGGGAAUACCGCAAAAUCCAGAAGAAAGGUCACCAUCACCUGAACCAAUUUAUAGUUCCGAUGGCAAACGGUUGAAUACACGAGAGUUUCGUUUCCGCAAACGGUUGGAAGAACGUCGUCAUCAAUUGAUACAGAAAAUGCAAAGCGUUAAUCCGGAGUUCAAACCUCCAGCAGAUUACAAGCCGCCUGUAACACGCGUUAGCGACAAAGUCUUGAUACCACAAGAACAACACCCAGACAUAAAUUUUGUUGGUUUGCUGAUUGGUCCACGUGGAAAUACUUUGAAAGCCAUGGAGAAGGAAACAGGAGCUAAGAUCAUAAUUCGAGGCAAAGGUUCCGUAAAAGAAGGGAAAGUCGGUCGAAAGGAUGGCCAACCCUUACCAGGUGAAGAUGAGCCUUUACAUGCAUUCAUUACUGCACCUAAUCCAGAGGCAGUGAAAAAAGCUGUGGAUAAGAUAAAGGAUGUUAUUCGUCAAGGAAUUGAGGUUCCAGAAGGUCACAAUGAUUUGCGACGUAUGCAACUCCGAGAAUUGGCACAAUUGAAUGGUACUUUACGCGAAACUGAUUGUCCACGUUGCACAAAUUGUGGUUCAAGCGAGCAUAAGUCAUGGUUGUGUCCGGACAAACCCAAUGUGACAAACAGUAUCGUUUGCACUUCCUGUGGUGGAGCAGGUCACAUAUCAAAGGAUUGUCGUAGCAAAAGACCAGGGGCCGCUGGAGAAGCAACUACUGAGGACUCGCAAGCGAAAAUUGAUGAAGAGUACAUGAGUUUAAUGGCCGAACUGGGCGAGGGACCACCACCAAGUGCACAGAAAGCAAGUGUCGAUCCUUUAGCGCAGGUGCACUUAAAUCGCGGUUAUAGUCUAUUUGAUAAGAAGCCAGCGCAAACAUUAACGAUUCAAGCGCCACCACCCACAAUUGCCCAACCGGCCCCAUCGACUGUACCGAUAAUUCCCACUGGGCCACCGCCUCCCCCUAUUCCUCCAGCUUGGGGUGGUUCAGCUGGUCCAAUGCCUCCUUUAAUUCCGCCGCCAUGGAUUAGUGCACCGCCACCGCCACCUGGUAACGAAUCGUUACCACCACCACCAAUACCAGGCGCAUCAUUACCACCACCUCCACCGGGAACCGGUCCAAUGCCCCCACUGCUUCCUCCGCCUCCCGGCACCCAAGCACCUUUGCCUCCUUGGACACCACCAACUCCGGGAGGUAUGAUGCCACCAGGGUUCGGUGGGUGGGGUGCUAGUUUCAUGCCAGCGCCACCAUGUGUUCCACCACCACCUCCUUGUGCGCCACCACCGCCUGGAAUGCCUGCUUUAAAUCAACCGCCACCACCACCGCCACCAUCUAAUUGAAUUUUCCCAUAAAGAGACAGCAUUGUUAAAACUAAUUUAAAAACGCGUCAAUUGCUUUAACAGAUUUCGCUUUGAAAAUUAAAUAUUUGGCAAACUGUUCCGUAAUCCCUAAAUAUAUAUUAUCAUAAAUAUAUAAAGUUUUAAAAUGCAAA